AUGGAGAUUGUACGAGCGCCUGAAGGCCGCGCGGGGAAACAGAGUGCGGGACGCAGCGAGAAGAGCGCGGGACGCAGCGAGAAGAGCGCGGGACGCAGCGAGAAGAGCGCGGGACGCAGCGAGAAGAGCGCGGGACGCAGCGAGAAGAGCGCGGGACGCAGCGAGAAGACCGCGGGACGCAGCGAGAAGAGCGCGGGACGCAGCGAGAAGAGCGCGGGACGCAGCGAGAAGAGCGCGGGACGCAGCGAGAAGAGCGCGGGACGCAGCGAGAAGAGCGCGGGACGCAGCGAGAAGACCGCGGGACGCAGCGAGAAGAGCGCGGGACGCAGCGAGAAGAGCGCGGGACGCAGCGAGAAGAGCGCGGGACGCAGCGAGAAGAGCGCGGGACGCAGCGAGAAGACCGCGGGACGCAGCGAGAAGAGCGCGGGACGUAGCGAGAAGAGCGCGGGACGCAGCGAGAAGAGCGCGGGACGCAGCGAGAAGGGCGCGGCGAUCGGCCAGCCAGUCGGCGGGUCACCUUUGGGGCGCGCGUACGCUACUCAGAGUCAAUUUCUUAUCCCUUGGUGUGGUAGGCCGUCGGCUCCCGACUGA